AUGUCGACACCACCCGUAUUCGCCUCGGAAAUCCGGCAGAUGAUGUACGUCGCGGGGGAGACUGAGAGCGCAUCCACAGAAGCCGUGUCCCUGAUCGAGAGCAUCAUCAGAAAUCAAGUCAUUCACCUGAUAACCACAGCUGACGAGUAUGCUUCCCGGCGUGGCAGUCGGGUCUUCUCCAACAACGACCUAAUCUUCCAAUUUCGACACGACGCUGCGCGAGUCGAAAGAGUACAAAAGUUUCUCGCGUUAAAGGCCCUGCGAAGAUCAUCAAAGGCCGAUGACGAAGACGUGGAAAAAGUGGAGGUUGAAGAUGCCGACACGAUGCAAAGCGGUUUGGGCGAUGCAUUGGAGACGAGCAGAGCUGUUGCCGCCUCAGCCAGGCUUCCUUGGGACAUCAACACUCUGUACGGUGAGCUCCCACCAGGUCCAGCGGAUUCGGCCGCAUGCGAGGAGCAAGAUGCGACGAAUCUAGAAAAGUUGCGGGCUGCCGAUGCCAAGACACUCAACAUGACUGUCGCCGAGUAUACAACAUGGUCAGAAUACCGCCACGCUUCCUUUACCAGGCGUCGUGUGGUGAAAUUCCGGCAAUGGUGCGGACUGGGUGUCGUGGCGGACCACAAGGCCAGCGACGACGUGUUGGAUAUUCUGGGCUUCUUGACAAGCGAGAUGGUGCACCGACUGACCGUCAUGGCCCUGGGCCUGCAGGAACGUGAGACUCGUCGGAGGCUCCUCCUAUACGGGGAGCAGAAUACCGAAAUGCGAGGCUUCGCAUCGCUGAUGGGGUUGAAUCAGGACCAACAGGCGAGAUUGCCAGUAGAGUGCCGUCAUAUUCGACAUGCAUAUGAUAUGACGCAAAGCGCGAGUACAGCUCACGGCGCCAGGCGGAAGGGGAUACGGUCCACGAAGAUGCUGUGCCUUAUAUGA